GGAGCUCGGCGGUGCGGGUGCUGCGCUCCCGGUCGGCCUGCUGCACCUGCCAGAUCGCCGCUUCGCCCUGCGCGCCCCUACGCACUCCCCGUCUCUCCCCUGUCUCACCAGCCUGGUCUCUCAACCGCAGCCUGACAGCGCAAAGGAGUUGCUUUGUCGCCCGCCUAGCACCCGGCAUGGCCCAGCGGGAGCAUCGCGCUCUGGGUCGGAUCCAUCGCUCCCUGGCCGGGAUGAACAGCCGCGCCUUCUGCUUACACGCCCAAUGAGUGUGGUCGCCGUCCCGGAGACCCUCGUCCGCUCCUGCGUUCCCUGUCACCACUGCCACCCGCUCCACCGACGAGGGCCGCUGGCCACCCCGGAGAUGGCCUGGAGAGCCGGUGCUUUGGUGGCGGGUGUCCUCCACGACAUCCAAAUCUGGGGACAGCCCCCGAGCUGGUAGCUGCUAGUACACCGAAUGGACCUUGACCCGUGAGCCGUUGCCUGCUUCGUGCCAAACUGAGGGGCACCGGUGGAGCACGCGUCCGGAACCCCCAGAGCCCGCUGGCCUGUGCGGCCAUGAAGAUGAUCCUGGUGCGCAGGUUUCGCGUGCUCAUCCUAGUGGUAUUCCUACUGGCUUGCGCUUUGCACAUUGCUGUUGACCUGCUACCCAAGCUGGACAGGCGCACCACACGAUCCUCCGGGGAGCCCGGCUGCUCCUGCGCUCAGCCGGCGGCAGAAGCAGCUGGUCCAGGCUGGGCCCAGGCAAGGAGCCGACCGGGGGAGUCUGCUGGUGGCGACGCAGGCUGGCCCAACAAACACACACUGCGCAUCCUGCAAGACUUCAGCUCAGAUCCAGCCUCUAACCUAACCUCCCACUCCUUGGAGAAACUGCCUCCUGCAGCGGAGCCUGUAGAUCACGCUCCGCGGGGUCAGGAGCCGGGCUCCCCGCCACCCCGUGACCCCGCGCAUCGGCCGCUGCUUCGAGACCCUGGGCCCCGACCGCGGGUGCCGCCCCCUGGCACCCGCGGGGACAGAUCGCUCUUAGCCAAGUUGUUUGAGCACCCUCUCUACCAGGGGGCUGUGCCUCCUCUGACAGAGGACGACGUCCUGUUUAAUGUGAACAGCGACAUUAGGUUUAACCCCAAGGCAGCAGAGAAUCCUGACUGGCCACAUGAAGGCGCUGAAGGCGCAGAAUUCUUGCCCACUGGUGAGGCAGCUGUAGACCUGUAUCCUAACUGGCUCAAAUUCCACAUUGGCAUCAACCGGUAUGAGCUGUAUUCCAGACACAACCCGGCCAUCGACGCCUUACUUCAGGACCUCAGCUCUCAGAAGAUUACCAGCGUUGCCAUGAAGUCAGGGGGCACACAGCUGAAGCUCAUCAUGACCUUCCAGAAUUACGGGCAGGCGCUAUUCAAACCCAUGAAGCAGACGAGGGAGCAGGAGACACCACCUGACUUUUUUUAUUUCUCUGAUUAUGAGAGACACAAUGCGGAGAUCGCUGCCUUCCACCUCGACAGGAUCCUGGAUUUCCGCAGAGUCCCUCCAGUGGCUGGUAGGAUGAUCAACAUGACCAAGGAGAUCCGGGAUGUGACACGGGAUAAGAAGCUAUGGAGAACCUUCUUUGUGUCUCCAGCCAACAACAUCUGUUUCUAUGGGGAGUGUUCCUACUACUGUUCCACUGAGCAUGCCCUGUGUGGGAGGCCCGACCAGAUCGAAGGAUCCCUGGCGGCCUUCCUGCCUGACCUGUCGCUGGCCAAGAGGAAGACAUGGCGGAACCCCUGGCGUCGUUCGUACCACAAGCGAAAGAAGGCAGAGUGGGAGGUGGACCCCGAUUACUGUGAGGAGGUGAAGCAAACGCCACCCUACGACAGUGGCCACCGAAUCCUGGACAUCAUGGACAUGACUGUCUUUGAUUUCCUCAUGGGGAACAUGGACCGGCAUCACUACGAGACCUUUGAGAAGUUCGGGAAUGAGACCUUCAUCAUACACUUGGACAACGGGCGUGGGUUUGGGAAAUACUCACACGAUGAACUUUCCAUUCUAGCUCCUCUUCACCAGUGCUGCAGGAUCAGGAGGUCCACAUACCUGAGGCUUCAGCUGCUGGCCAAAGAGGAGCACAAACUGAGCCUGCUGAUGGCUGAGUCCCUGCAGCAUGACAAGGUGGCACCCGUGCUCUACCAGCUGCACCUGGAGGCCCUGGACCGGCGGUUGCGCAUAGUGCUGCAGGCUGUGCGAGACUGUGUGGAGAAGGACGGGCUGAGCAGUGUGGUGGAGGACGACCUAGCCACUGAGCACAGAGCCUCCACGGAGAGGUAGUGACCACACUACCCGUGAGGAAGGAGGAGCAAAGAGCCUAGCCCUGUGAAUUCAGUGAAUUCGGACGGGAUUAGUCAUCCCCAUAGGGUGACCUGUGGCGGGGAGCGUGGGGUCUCCGUCAUGGCUCUGAUAGGGAUACAUGGGCCUCCGGUUCCAGCAGAAACCAGACAAAGCACUCUGGACAUGCAGCAGAGUGGCCAGUGCUCCAUCCUUCCCAUAGGGAGGGACCUUUAACUCACUAUUUUGUACUUAACAAAAGGCUCACAGUCCUGUCAAAGGAGAACCACCCAGCAGACCAGAGGUCACCUCUGGGCCACUUCAAGGACCUCCUAUGAUGUGAUCACACUCUGGCCCUCAAUGACAAUCCACUUCCUGCUCCCUCAUCCUGGGGCCUCCUCUCUCAAAGGCCGGAGAGCUCUAAGGAGGCGGACAGUGAUGGACAUCAUGGCCUUUGUUGGGGCAGAUGGGCACCCAAGGAAGGGAUUUUGGACACCAGUGACCAGCUAUCCACUUGUCCACUGCUGCAGAGCGGUCAGGCCUUACUGGUUGGUGGUGGGCACUGCCUGCCUUGGCUGAGCUCUGGACAGUGGGUGUCGAGACACUAGGCAGAGCCCAUGGCCCCAGGACAGCAGGCUAGCCUUGGGACAUUUCCGUGGAGUAGUUUGCAGUGAGGUAACAGUGCAAUAAAGAUACAGCAAGUGUG